AUGUCUUCCCGCAGCAGCCGACAAUGGAAAGCCAAAGCUCAGCCACCACAGGCAGAGCAUCAACCCAAUCUUCCAGCACGACGUGCAGGGAACGGCUCUGCCGAGGAGGCGAGCGAAGCAGCCCCUUCUGCUUUCGACGUGCUUGCUCGACAAGAUGUAUCCAGCAACAGGCGGCAAAGACAUAGGCACCAGAGCGAAGCUUGGGGCAGCUGGAGCAACUACGGGUACGGUUACUACCAAACUCAAGAUCCGACCUGGAGCACUGGCCCUUGGCAAAGUUGGCCAACUUGGAAUCCUGCAGACGGCUUUUCGAAUUCUGAAUGGUACGCUGGACCCGGACCCCAAGUGCGCCGGUCCGUGGAAUUUCGCGCGCACCGGCGGCAGAAUGCACAAGCGCAGUCUGUGGACGAGAGCAUUCCCGAGAGCGCAUCUGCCGACCUUCGCCCAGAACAGCUGUUAAGAAGAAGCCCAAGACAGUCCGAGACUCCUGAGCAUAGCUUCCUCCCCCCUGCUGCUGGUGCGCCCGAUGACGCUGACGCAGAUGGCAGCAGGCCAAGCUCCGGGUUCGUGGAGACGACCAUGCCAUCUGCGGUGGUAGACGCCGCCGAAACCAAUGCUCUGCUGCGGCCGGACGCAUUGUCUGCACCAAUCGAGACAUUUCCUCACGAGGAAGGAGUGGAGGUUCUUUCUGAAGAGCCUAGGCCCAGGUCUUGGCUCAGCGGAGCUCCAGAUGCCUUGGCUUAUAUCGAGGAUUUCCUGGCACACACAGAAGAGCCGCAAGUGGUGGAGGAUUGGGAGGACAUGGCAGAGGACCUUGCCGAAGAUCGCGAGCCUCCAUGGUACAAUGUGCCUUACUUGUUGCGGUAUCGGUUUCGAAAGCCGACUACGGACAGCAGCUUGGAAGGUUUGCCGAAGUUGGGCCGGCGGCCUAAGCCUGCAGUGCCGGCUCGUGUCCCAGGACGUGAUUUGGUAGCAGCUGUCAAGGAUGUGUCCGGAGAAGGCCUAGCGCUUGGGCUCUCACCUUUGAGCGCCGUGGCAAGCUAUGGACAGGCUUUUGAAGCAGGCGUUUCGGCGAGUGGAAGCUGGGACAAGGUGGAACUUCUGCCGUGGUCCUUACUGCACCCAGCUGGUCCUCCAUCGUGGGGUGAAGGUCGAGAAGCCACUGUUCGCUGGCGCUUCCAUGUGGUCGAUUUGCGUGCUAAGCCCACUGAAUUCCAUGCGGGCAACAAGAACCUGCUGCACUUGACUGACGGUGCCGGCAAUUGGGUGCAGACGAAGCUGCUGCCAGGGAUUCUGACCGUGGAGAUAUGUUUGCAGCGGAGCCUACCUCUUCAUGUUCAAGUCGGACCUUGUCAACUGAGAGAUGGCCAGGCAGAUGAGCAUGAGGUGCGAGCGCUGGUGCUCACUGACAAGCUUUGCUUGUGUCUAGACCAUCGUCGGCCAGAGACUGGACUUCACUGUUUCUGUCCGGAGGCGCUGCUUGCUGCAGCAGCCCCGAUGCCUGCCGCCAGCGAGGUGGUAAACUGGGACAGCACUGCAGACUACAUGGCUAGCUGGCGGCCUGCAGUUGAGCUGGAGGCUGCAGCAAGUGCUGCAGAUGAAGACGACACCAGAAUCCUUUCCAAUGUCGAGAUCACAUGGAGUGACACAGGGGUGGGCUCCUUCGUGGUGCCCAGCGCUCUUGCAUCAGCGCAUCGAAUGAAGAUGCGCGGCUUGAUUCGAGGAGAAGAUGGGCCGACGGAGUGGAGUUCUGGUUGGUUGUGUUUGCGCCUCCCCGCGCAGCAAAGCAGCGGAGGUAUCGGUUGGCGUGGCCAUGCAGGCAUUGUAGAUGCUGAUCUCGUCGGUGACGACGGUAAUGCUCAGCCAUUGGCGGUCGUUGUUGGUGAGGAGGAUGCUCAAAUUCCGCAGACGAUGUCCCUUCGCAUCAGUUUCCAGAUGGUUCCUGGUGCUUCAGACUCGUCUGGGAUGCCCGGAAUCAGGAAAACUGGCUACCUAAUUGAGUUCAUUCCGAAAUCGCUGCCAUACAGCUGCAUGGCGGUGGCACUGGCAGAGCUGAGUUCUGCAUCUCCGCUGCUCCGGGAGGUUGUCCUUCAGGCCAGGGCACCAGCCCCCGGCCGCCCCGGCCGCCCUGGCCCUGCGGCUGCGCAGCGAUGCCUUGACGACGAGGCUUCCUGGCACUCGGAAGUGCAGGAGUCUUUUGCAAAGAGCCGGCCUCCAAGCUUCAGAGAGAGAUAUAUAUAUAUAUACACUUAUAUCACCCUGCUCGUUUGGAAUUUGUUGUUGUUGCAGUACGCGAGGUUGGGUUAG